AUGGGGACGAGCUCUACUCCCGACAUCGACAUGGUCAUCGAGGAAACAAGAAGGACCCCGUUUACAAACAGAAUCGCCAGUGUAAGACUACAUCACAUCGGGAAACUAAAAUUCCCCGAAUACGCCGGAAGCACAGACCCAAAAGCCCAUGUGCGAGCCUUCCGUCUAGCAAUAUCAAGGGCACACCUCACCGACGACGAAAAAGAAGCAGGGUACUGCCGUUUUUUCACCGAAAACCUCACUGGAGCCGCACUGGAAUGGUUCACCGGACUAGAAGAAAACUCUAUCGACAACUUCACCCAGGUUGUGUCUACGUUCUUAAAACAAUACACAGUCUUCAUAGAGACAAAAGUUAACGAGGCAGACCUUUGGAAUCUCAAACAAGCACCCUACGAACCUCUAAGAACAUACAUAAACAAGUUCCGAGAAAUCAAGGCCAAAAUUUCGCUUCCAAACGAGGUUGUCGCCCUAGCAGCAUUGAAGAACAAUGUUUCGUUCUCAUCCAAGUUUAGGGAAGAACUCGCGGUUCAAACAGCGUUAAAAGAACAGUAUAGCGCAAAUAAGAAUAAUGCAAUCAAAAAGCCGGCAACUCCUAAAGAACAAGCCACCAAGGGGCAACACUCCUACUCAAUAAAUAAUUCGCCGCAGAAAUCGUCGACAUACGACCUCAGCAAAUACUGUGCCUUCCACGAACGCAAGGGCCAUUCAACCGAGGAAUGCCGAGCCACACUUCGCAAUCAAAACGAAAAUAAGAAAACUAACGAAGAAGCCGGAGAAGAAGAAGAGGAGCCAGUGACUCCGAAAUCCAACCGAAAAGCCAAAGUCCCGAUGAACAAAAGAGGUAUGGAGAUCGAGCAUGAAUCACCAAGCUCUCCACCCCCGACUCUGAAGAAAAGAGUCGACAUGAUUUCAUGGGGACAGAACAGCAACACAACCGACGAAUUUAAGAGCCAAACCGAAGGAAAAAUUCGGUUAGAGAUCUCGGUGGCGAUCCACAAAAUAGAGAAACCCGACGAGGACACUCCUCCUCCCCAGGUCACGAAGUACAACCCAAACAAAAGACCUCCUAGCCCGAAAUUCCUCAACUUCAAGCAAAAGAACAAAAUGACCAAAAUUCGCGAGCUCCUGGAGAAACCGAUUCAAUCGCAAUCUGUCUGGGGGCAGAGACAUUACCGACCAGCACCGAUAAAGAGGUGGAAUCUCCCGGCCCACAACGAGGGCAAAAAAUGGAUCGACUUCAUUUACGGAGGCUCUAAGUUCUGCAACUCAGUCAACUCAAUCAAAGCAUACCAAAGGAGAGCAAAAAACAACGUAGGAAUUAGAGAACCCUUGGCAGGUCCUGAUCACGAAAUCACAUUCAAAGAAAACGAAACCGCAGACCUCGAUAAACCACACGACGACACUCUCGUGAUACGAAUCGACGUCGGUGGUUGCGAACUAUCCCGAGUAAUGAUCGACACCAGAAGCUCGGCCGACGUCCUCUUCUACGAAGUGUUUAAGAAAAUGGGAUUCACUAAAGCACUCGUAAAGCAAGAGCGAACCCCCCUCACUGGCUUCGCAGGAGAGACCACCUACUCUCUCGGAUCGAUCGAGCUCGCGGUAAUCGCUGGAGAAGUCAGAAAAUAG